AAUCUAGUGGCACCUUGAUAUCCAAGCAGCAUAUCAUUCAGACGCAAGCAAUCACAUACCUCAUUUACACAUUCCACAUUCUCACCGUCAGAAACAUGAGCUACACAGCAGGCGGGUAUCCAUACUUGCCUGCUGGCACUGGCGGCGGCCCGAACCUCCCUCCUCCAUCCUACACACAACUUGACCAGAACCCUUUUAGAGACCCGGUCCCGCCAUACCAUACAUUCCGCGAUAACAGUUCUACAAGAGAUUGGAAACCAUCGAACCCCCCGACCGUCAAAUUUCCACCGAGAAUGAACGGGUACUUCAAUUGGAAGAUGUCAAAGACAUUUCACCUGGGACCGACAGCCGAGCAGAAGGUGCAUGCUGUGACAGUGCAUUCUGCUACUUCCACCUGCGGGCCUUCCGUUGACCUAUACGACGGACCAACCAAUACUCACCCGGUCCUGGCAACAGCUACUGCCGACAAAAGUAGCAAAAAUAAGCUUGUUAACAUAACUGUGCCGCGGUGGCCGGGAUACCAAGAAGGAAUAGCCGAAUUGGAGUCGAUAACCACCUCCCCUCCAUCCAAACACGUCGCGCUUGCAUUCUCUUUGCCCGUUGGGGUCGGCAAGGAGAUGCGGCUCGAGAACUUUGAAUGGCGGAUGAGCACAGGAAAUGAGAUCAAGGAGCAAGACGGCCAGUCCUACGGCUGGAAACUGGUGCGAAUGUCGAAUACGAUGGAGGACUGCGCUGUGAAAAGAUCGAGGCGAGAAUUCGGGGUGACAAGUGAUGGGAAAGAGGUUGUGGCGGUUUUGGCAUACUACUGCGGGUGGAGCAUGACGAAGGGCUUCAAGUUCGCUUUCCUUGGUAGCGGCCUAACCGGCACUAUGGGCGAGAAGUGGGAGAUCGUGACUCUCGUUUCGGCACUGCACGUCUGGUACAUGGAUUUCCGGCAAACGAUGGCUGGAGCUGCAUUAUACUAGGGAGAGUUGCAUGGGAUUGGAGUUGCCUGAGUUUGGGAGAAUUGGGGCUUUUUUUAAGCCGACCAAAUUGCUUGCUCUAAUAGUUAUCGAAUCACAAGAUGGACGGAAUACUAUACCUGGAGACAACAAAUUGAAUGGUUUUAAGUUAAUAUCGAAGCCAGCCUUAAAGCUAUCUAAAAGCCUAUCUGGCCAACUGAUCAUAAUAUCAACGCCAAUGGCUCAUGAGCAGCCGGAUAGAAGUCCUAACUUUGAGCAAGAGUCAUGAUGACCGAAACCAAAGAGGCGACUAGAAUGCUGAAC